AUGGCCGACACCUCAUUGCAGGACCGCCUCCGCGAGCACGCCAUGGCCUUUGACGGCUUGCUGUCACUGAUUCCCGCAAAAAUGUACUACGGAGAAGACACAAGCGACCAGUGGAAGAAGAAGAAGCAAUCAAAGGAGGAGGCCAAAGCCGCCAAGAGAGGGAAGCUCGAUCCCGACAGCGAGCUCAACCGCAAUGCGAAAGAGGUGCUGGACGAGCGGGCCCGAAACAAGCGCAAGCUCCGGGAGCUUGAGGCGGACGAAGAGUCAAGCGUCGCAGAUGAGGACGAGGAUGACGUUGACAUCCCUGGCGUCGAGAGGGAGAAGCCCGGCGAGGGGCUGAAGAGGAGGGACAUCGCCUCCGAAGUAGAAUCAGCACCCAAGAAGCAGAAGCUGGUCAAAGAUGCGACGCAGGAGCCUUCCGCCAACAAGACACCAAAAAAGUCGAAGUCAGCCGAAAAUGCGGCCGAGGGGCUCGUUGAGAUUAAAACCCAAAGUAAGGAAGAGAAGAAGCUUGCAAAGAAGCUACUCAACGAGGAAAAGAGGAAGGCAAAGGCCGAGAAGUCUGCAAGCAAAUCGACCGUGGUUGGCGAUACGGAGAGCGGGGUAGCGGUUAAGGAUCUCACACGGAAGCCGCGCCCGGUCCAGCCAUCAACAGGGGUUGAAGAUCUUGAUGUCGAUGAUAUGGCGCCAAUUGACGUAUCUGGGCUCGUCGCAAACGAAUACGAGGGCGCUUCGGUAGAGUCAGUAACAGGGUCAACGCCGCAAUCCCCUAUCUUCGAUAGUAAUCCCGACAACACUAAUGCCUACGUCGAGGUAGCCAGCACCACAACAUCCAUCUCCUCCACCAUAACUCCUUCCGAAAAGCUAAAGUAUCUUAAACUCCCAGCCGACAUAUCCGGGCUCCGGGCUCGUUUGGACGCCAAGAUCGAAGCUUUACGCGCGGCGCGCAAGGCCACCGAUGCGGAUGGCACACCAAUCCGAACUAGAGAAGAACUGAUUGAAUCCCGGCGCAGAAAGCAAGCACAACGCCGGGAGCACAAGCAGGAAUUGCGACGGGCAGCGAAGGAGGAGGAAGACAGAAAGCGGGAGGAAGCGCUGACGAGCUCGCGCAACUCGCCUAACAGCAUGCUCAGCCCGCUGUUUGAGCAAGACGACAAGGCCAGCGCAAACCACUUCGCGUUUGGGCGGCUCGCGUUUGCCGACGGGACCCAGCUGUCCCACGACCUGAGUUACGAGAAGCCGGCCGGCACCGGCGCCAAGAAGAAGGGCCCGUCGGACCCCAAAACGGCGCUCCUCAAGUUUGAGGCGCAGAAGAAGCGCAUCGAGGCUCUCGACGAUGACAAGCGCAAGGAGGUGCUCGAGAAGGAGACAUGGCUGGCGGCACGGCGUCGCGCAGAAGGCGAAAAGGUGCACGACGACGAGGGUCUUCUCAAGAAGGCGCUCAAGCGCAAGGAGACGGCCAAGAGAAAGAGCGAGCGCGAGUGGUCGGAGCGCGCAAAGGGGGUUGAGGAUGCUAUCAAGAACAAGCAACACAAGCGCGAGCAAAAUAUCCGCAAACGUAGAGAGGACAAGAUGUCCUCGGGCAAGGGCAAGAAGAAGGGCGUUGCGACGAAGAAGAAGAGCCGGCCGGGGUUUGAAGGCAGCUUUGGGGGGAAGAAGAAAUGA